CCCGGGGACUGCCUGUACUGUUAAAGAAUGGUAUGAACUGUGUGUAUUUUAUAAUUGGAAAAUGUUAUAUUUAAGCAACUUCAGUUGCCUAACACUGGUAAUCAAGUAUUUUAAAACAGUUUGAUUUGUUUGAGAGGAAGCAAAGUGUCUGAAAUGGAUAGGUGGGAGGCACAAGUUCUCUUGUGGGGUAGGAGAAUGGUUCAAAUAGCUGACCAUUUUUAAGAAUUCCUUUUUUGAGGAUCUUUCUCCUCAGCAUCUCUUCCAUGUAGCUCUACUCUGAAUCUAAUCAAGAGAUUCAGGCUUUUCCGCAGAGUGGGCCUACUGAUGAGAACCUCAAGCAAUUUUUUAAUUAAACUUUUUUGGGCCUAUUGAUUUGAGUAGCCUAAAAUUUUAGACUCUCUGAUUUAAUACACAAUUUUUAUCCCUUGUUUAAUUGGAAUAAACAAACCUACUGUGAAACUAUUUAUAUUUGUCUCAAGGGUUUUCAGACUUUUGCAAAAUUAAUUUUUUGACCAAAUUGAGUGAAUGUCCCCUUAAUCACACUUUCUUCACAAAAAUGACUAACAAGAUACUUCUAUUCUGUCAUUUUUAGUUAUGGGAGCUUAGAAAGCCUCCUGAAGUUCAUUAAUAUAUAUCUUUGAGUUAGAAAAUAAAGUUUACACUGAGGCUACUUUUUUGUCAUCUCAAUAUAUAAAGCGUGAUUUGUAGAUAUUGGAUAUUUCAAAAAAGAAUAGGGGUGUAGAUACUCUUGCAGCUCAGGCUGUUGUAUUUAUAUAACUUUAUCUGCUUAGCAACACUGAACAUAUUACUUGGGUUAUUUGCUUCAUGGUCUGGCUUUCCAUUGGAUGAAGUACAAUUCAAGUUUUUUUUCUUCUACCCAGAGCCUUGUUUGGGAUUGUACUUUCCUGCAUGUAAAAACAUCUCUCUCCUAUAACCAAGACCUUCAAUGAUAGCUGUAUUUCUCUGGAAAACUGAACAUUUUGAUCAAUGAAAGAGGCUUGUGGGCGUGAGAACAUGGGUGUCACAGCAUAGAUUCAACUUCUUGACUGCUUCAAGAGAAUUGCCAUCGGUCUUUUCAUGAUCAGAACUACAUGCAAAGUUCCCUCUUGACUGACUGUUUUUCAAUAAGUUCUGCCUAUGAUAACAUCAACAAAGUUCGAGUAGCUAUAAAGAAAAUCAGCCCUUUUGAGCAUCAGACAUAUUGUCAGAGAACUCUGCGAGAGAUCAAAAUCCUCCUGCGCUUCAGACAUGAGAAUAUUAUUGGAAUCAAUGACAUUAUCAGAGCUCCAACUAUUGAACAAAUGAAAGAUGUAUACAUUGUGCAAGAUCUCAUGGAAACAGAUCUUUACAAGCUCUUAAAGACACAACACCUCAGCAACGACCACAUAUGUUAUUUCCUUUACCAGAUCCUGAGAGGGUUAAAAUAUAUUCAUUCCGCCAAUGUGCUGCAUCGUGACCUCAAACCCUCCAACUUGCUGCUUAACACCACUUGUGAUCUCAAGAUUUGUGACUUUGGACUGGCUCGUGUCGCAGAUCCAGAUCAUGAUCACACAGGAUUCCUGACAGAAUAUGUAGCCACACGUUGGUACAGAGCGCCUGAAAUAAUGUUGAAUUCAAAGGGUUAUACCAAGUCUAUUGAUAUCUGGUCUGUAGGCUGUAUUCUGGCAGAAAUGCUCUCCAACAGACCCAUCUUUCCAGGCAAACAUUACCUUGAUCAGCUGAACCAUAUCCUUGGUAUACUUGGAUCUCCUUCUCAAGAAGACUUGAGUUGCAUAAUCAAUUUAAAGGCCAGAAACUACCUGCUUUCUCUGCCACACAAAAAUAAGGUACCAUGGAACCGGCUGUUUCCAAAUGCUGACCCCAAAGCACUUGAUUUGUUGGAUAAAAUGUUGACCUUUAAUCCUCACAAGAGAAUUGAAGUAGAACAAGCUUUGGCCCAUCCAUACCUGGAGCAGUACUAUGAUCCAACUGAUGAGCCUGUAGCUGAAGCACCCUUCAAGUUUGACAUGGAAUUGGAUGAUUUGCCAAAGGAAAAACUGAAAGAACUAAUUUUUGAGGAAACUGCUAGAUUCCAGCCAGGAUAUCGACCUUAAAUUACACAUAGAUUCCAUUAGUGACAGGAGAAAUUGAAAUGGCCAGACUUAAAGGACUGGACAGGCUCAAACGUUGCUGUUCCUCUUCCCAGUUCUUGUAUCUUUGGUCAUGUCUUAUGGCCUAUCUCAGCUUAUCCACUAACUCCUUUGAACCAUUCAGGAGGGCAGUUACUGGUAGUUUUGGCUUUUUAUGCUUUCAAUUAAUUCUUUAAGUCUGAAGAAUUGUUAUUGGCGCUCCUAUCCGUAAUGCUCAUUGUCGACCUAUUGCAGUACUGUACUAUAUAAGUGCACCCACUGCUGACCAUACUUUAACUAUUUGCUUUCUGGUUUGAAAGAUGCAGUAGUUCCUUUCACUCCUGUAUCAUUAACCAAGCAGAUAACUCAUUAAUGCAUAGAAGUUUGCACCAUGAACUGUGUUUUUCUUAUUUUACUGAAGUCACUGGCAAUUUUUAGGGAAAGCUACUAUUCAGGGCACUUUAAGUCAGUGACAUCCCAAUUUUUUUGCACUUUGCCUUUAUACGGUAACGGUUUACUCAUAAUGGGGAAUUUAUUCAUAUAUAUAUGCCAUUAUGCUACAGAUUAUGACAUAGGCCACAUUUGCAUUAAUUUUGUUUAUUCAUUUGUUUGAGUUUCUUCUUCUGUACAUAAAAUUCUACACAGCAUAUCUAGGAACACAGCUUAGUCUACAGAAUUCAUCUAUCCAUCUAGAACUUUUCUUUGUGGUAAAAAGGCCUAGCUUUUCCCUGCCUUUUCUAAAAAGAUGAUGGCUAUUUGUACUUUUAUGGGGGUACAGUACUUCCAAAGUUCAUGCUCUGUUGUUUUUAUGAGAUUUAUGCAAAAAUAACGAAAGUGGCAGCUCAACCUAUUUAUUCACUGUGGUGAAAGAUUAAAGAAUACAAUGGCAUAUUUACCUAUUAUGAAUGUUUUCCUUAGAAGGCAUCCAUAUGCAUUAGUAAGCAGAGAAACCAAAAUGUGCUGUUAUUAAACUCAGUCUACUUUUACUAUAUAUACCAAUGAAACACUUCAAAUGAAGGUGAUUAGUUUAUAUAAUAUUUGAAAUAACAUUCAGCACUCUUGCUGAGAGAAACACUGCAUCUUUAAAUGAGAGAGUUUGAAUUUACUUUUGCUACUACUGCAUGUCAGCAUCUCAAGUUAAUUUCUUGCAGCCUACAUUAUAAUUUGUAAUCAAGCCUCUGUGAUCUUGUGAUGUGAGGUACUGUUCUCUUGUCAAGUACUAUCACAUUUUUCUGGUAAUGCUGAGUUAGGACAGUCAAACAGAGCUAGCACUAAAUCAUUAAACUGUAUACCUUUUAAUGGUAUUUUGAAGUAUUUGUUACUGGAAAUUGUAUAAUGUGGAGUUUCCUAGAUGUUUCGUUCCAGUGCAGUGCCUCCUUAUCUUUCCCCACUGCUCUCUGUGGUGAGAAACUUGCCUUGUUUAAAAUGACUGUGCCCUCGCAUGACUGUUAAAGCUUUCUGUGCAAAGAUGAUUGUCUAAGUGCCACAUGCCUAUUUGGGAGGGAGGAGGAGAAUCUCUUGUUACCUCUGGGUUGUGUUCAACUGAAAUGCUAUUCAACAAAACUUGGAAAAACUAAUUCUAUUUUUAGCUUUUUGUUUUUCUGCUGUCUUUUUUUCUCACUUUAUUUUGGCAGCAGAGAAGAAUGGAUUGUAUAAAGACUGCCUGCUACUAUGAACAAAAUGCACUUGUAAUUCUUGGAAAUAAAUUUAAAUUUUAUCUUGACAUUAA